AUGUCGAGCCAACAACAACAAUACAAGUACAAGAAACCUGAUGUUGGAGCCAGAGAUAAGAAAUUGGAAGGUCUAAACGGUCAAUUGAAAAAAAUUGAUGGCGAGAUCGCCUUGUUGAGAAAGCAGAUCGAUGAGAAUCAGACCGCUGAUUCAACUCAAUCGGAGAGGAAGAAGUUGCAAGAGGAGACUAAGAAGAUCAUCAAGACGCAGGCAGACUUGAAGAGUCGCAGAAACGCGAUUCAUGAGCAGAUCAAGCAAUUGGAUGGUCACAUCAAGAGAAAAACGAGUGAAAUCAACGAAAAGCUUGGCAAGAAGGCUAAAUACUCAACUCCAGGCGAGGUCAAGCAAAGAAUAUCUGAGAUCGAGGAUCAAAUUGCCUCUGGUGAGUUGUCUUUGGUGCAAGAAAAGUUGUUAGUCAAAGAGAUGCAGGCUCUGAACAAGCUGAACAAGGAUCUCGUUGCCAUUGAGCCGGUGAAGAAGUCUAUGGAUGACGACAGAGCCAAGAUUGCUGAAUUGAAGGAAGAGCUGAAUCACUUGAACCCUAAGGAAGUAUCUGCUAAGUUCGAAGAAACGCAAGAAAAAUUGAACAGCUUGCAAUCCAAAGCGCAAGGUGUCUAUGACAAGAGACAGGUGCUUUUCAACAAGCGUGCUGCAUUGUACAAGAAGCGUGAUGAGAUUUAUGCUCAGAUCAGAAAGAUCAGAUCCGACUUCGAUAAUGAAUUCAAAUCUUUCAAGCAAAAGUUGGAGAUGGAACGUUUGAAACGUGAGGAGGACCAGAAGCUGUCCAAGCUGUUGGAGGAGAAGGACAUUGCUAUCGGGAAGGUGCAAGAAAAGUUGUUGCACGCCAAAAUGCCAGCUUUCACCUACGAGAUCGAAGCUAUCGAAAAUGCCUUGUUGGCUCUAGAUCCAACGUAUGAGAAACCAAAGAAAGACAUUUUUGGUGAAGAAAAGAAGGCUAGCGCUCCUCAAGCUGUAAGAAGAGCCGAAAACGACGAUUUGGUCUUGGUCUCCAAGAAGAAGGAUGAUGUUUUCACCAAUACUGCUCCUUCCAAGUCCAAAAAACACAAGAAGAAGCAACAGACGAAUGGCGACAAUGCUUCCAUUACCGAAGCUGCUGACGGCAAGUUCAGUUUGCAGCCAACUUUGAUUGCUACUCUCGCAGAAUUGGACGUCACUGUCCCAAUUUCCAAAGAGGAAGUCCCCGCUACCGUGGAACAACUGAAGAGCAAGCACGAAGACUUUUUGUCGAAGCAAGAUGAACAAACUGAGAAGAACAUCGCUUUGGUUGAGAAAGAGUUAAAGGAGCUUGAACUUGAUUUCAGCAAAAAAGAGGAGCAAAUCAAGAAGGAAUUGGAAGCCAAAAGAACUCAAGACAGUGAAAAAAAGACCGAGGCAUAA